AUGGAGGAGUGGAUCGUGAAGGAAUUCUUGAUUGKAGCUGGCUACAAGCAACAAGCAGUUCGCAAGUAUAAGACCCUUCGUUCAUGGGAACACAAGCAAGGGAUUCACUCUGUAAAAGUCAAUUUACUAGCCGACUAUGAAAAUGUUUGGGCUUUAAGGGCCAGUUGCAACCCAUCGUUUUCUACAGACAACGAAGAAAGCAAAUUGAUGUACCUAGUKCUUGACAGCUCAACUAGCAAGCCAGUGUUCUCUCACUGCACGUGCACUGUUGGGUUGAGAGGGGACUGCAGCCAUAUUGGAGCUCUGAUGUUUAUGUUGUGUGAUGUUGUAGCUGAAGGUCAACAGCAUCUUCCUCCAGAUYCCACAUGCACUGAUUUACCUUGCUCUUGGUCAAACCCAAAAGGAGCAAAGACUGAACAAAUUCUUGUUGAAGACAUCAAUUUUUACAAGGCUAAAUUUGGUAAAGAGCCACCACAAAAGAAAGUGAAACCAUCUCCAUCUGUGACAGAGGCAUACUAUGGUAUUGAUGAGACGCAAAGGAAUUUGAUGGAGGAGUGCAAAAUAGACUUGAAACACAACAUUUUCCUAGCAAAUGAAGGAAAGCCACUGCCACCUAUCUAUCAUAUCCUUGGAUCAAAAAGAGAUCCAAACAUCAGUGUACCGAUUAUCAAUAAUCUACCAGAUAGAUUACAAGCAGAUGAUGUUAACCUUUUAUAUUGUUCUGAAGUUGAAAUUGAAACUGAUUGCACUGAAACUGAUAGCAGUGUUGAUAGCCUAAGCCCUGUUGAUGUUCAUCCAGCAUCUUUACAAGAUAUAUUUCAGAGAACACAAUCUAUACUAGAAUACAUUGCUGUUGAUGAUGUUAAGGUAAAGCAAAYAGAACAGUCAACACAAGAUCAGUCAAAUAGUAAUGUAUGGUUCAAAGAACGCUUACCCCGCAUCACAGCAUCUCAAUGCAAGCGUGCUCUGGUUWAAGAAAGAACCAGUCCCACUAAGGCUAUGAGAGACAUUCUUGGCUAUAACAAACACUAUGAAUCACAAUACAUGAGGGAUGGUAUAAAUUCUGAAUCUAAAACCAUCAGGCAGUAUUCAAGCUUGACAGGAAACAAAGUAGAACAAUGUGGACUUUUUGUAUCUAAGUCACACCCAUUCCUUGGUGCAUCUCCAGAUGGACUCUUAGGCAAGAAAGGGGUCAUUGAAGUGAAAAGAGUACACCCUCAUGAAGGCGAGACAUUAGAAGAAGCUCUCAGAAGACAACAUAUUAUCAAGGAAAUUGAUGGAUCAUCAGAACUUAAUGUUAAUCAUCCAUACUACCAUCAAGUGCAACUACAGAUGUUUUGCACAGAAAGAACAUGGGCUCAUUUUGUAGCCUCUGAUGGUGAAAAUAUUAUUAUCAAAAACACCCCCUAUAAUAAGGAAUUUAUGAAUCAAAUUUUGCCAAAGCUAAAGCACUUUUAUUACAAUGUCAUUUUAUUAGAAUUAGCAUACCCUAGAGUUAAGGACGGUAUUGACAGAAUUGGUAAAUUAGGUGUAAACUAUUCAAUGUUAUGUAGCCUUAGGCAAAACUGA